AUGUCUCAGUACAACCCCGGCUACAGCGCAAAUUACGGCUCUUUAAGAGAUGCGCCGAAUUCUCCAGUCAAUCCUGACGCACGACCAUUGCCUCCAGGCUGGGUGUCUCAAUAUGAUCGCAACUAUAAUGCAUGGUUCUACGUAAACACGAACGAGAAUCCGCCACGGUCAUCCUGGGUGCACCCGCUUGGACCACCGCCUCCACCAUCACCCCGCCCUGGCUAUGCUCCGCCCGCAGGCCCACCAUCAUCGGAUAACCGCGGGUACAGCCCCUCCCCAUACUCCGGCGGAUACGACCAGAAACCCGGAUAUGCUCAGGCGCCUCCGCCGCAGCGAUAUGACAACUAUGCAUCGCCUCCUCCCAGCGGGUAUGGGCCUUCUAGAGAAGGCCGAGGCUGGUUCGGCGGCGGUCAGCAGCCCGUGCAGCAGCAGCAGCCCGUCAUCGUCGAGAGCGCACCGCCUCAGAGGAAGAAGCACGGCAUUGGGAUGGGCACCGCGGUCGCGGCCGGAGGUGCGGGUCUCCUGGGCGGCAUGCUGAUCGAGGAUCUCGUGGAGCGGCACGAUGAGCACGAGCGUGAGGAGGGCUUCGAUCAAGGGUUGUCGACGGGAGACCCGUACAUGGGCGGUCCUGACCCCGGAUUUGAUGGUGGAUAUGAUGAUGACUCGGGUUUCUUCUGA